AUGGAAUGCUAUAGACGACGACGUGUUGCGGCACUUGUUGCAGCUAUCGACCUGGAACGCUUGAGGAGAAGACGGGACAGCGGGCGACGUUUCUGGGUCCAUCCUGUCAUUGCCAAUAGACAGGAGAGGGGCCAGUUCUGGGCACUGUAUGUGAACCUCCGUGCCCAUGAGGACAAGUUUUUUGACUACACCAGGAUGUCCAUCCACAGCUUUGACGAGCUCCUGGUGCUGUUGUCCCCUCAUUUGCAGCGUCAGGACACCUUCAUGCGGGACUGCAUCCCACCAGUGGAAAGACUGGUCAUUACUUUGCGGUAUUUAGCUACCGGACAGUCAUUGGCCAGUCUACACUUCGCCUUUCUCAUCGGGAAGUCCACAGCCAGUAUGGUCGUCCGGGAAACCUGCGUGGCAAUUUGGGACGUCCUUCAUCCUGCUGUGAUGGCCCAACCACAGAAGGAGUACUGGCUGCAAAUUGUGGAUCAUUUUUUUAAAUCCUGCAAUUUCCCGAACUGUGUCUCAGCAAUAGACGGCAAGCACAUCCGCGUUAAGAAGCCCAUCAGGAGCGGGAGUCAAUUUUUUAAUUAUAAAAAAUAUUUUUCGUUUGUUCUUUUUGCGGUGUGUGAUGCAAACUAUUGCUUCAGGUACAUUGACGUGGGGUCCUACGGCAGCAGCUCAGACUCAGCUGUUUUGGGGCAUUCUGCCUUUGGGCAAAUGCUCAAUAAUAAUGAGCUGGACCUCCCGGGGAACACCACACUGCCUGGGACCACUUAUCCGGCUAUGCCCUUUGUUUUUGUGGGGGACAAGGCCUUUGCGCUGGGGGAACAUCUGAUGAGGCCGUACUCCAGCCGGGGACUCUCCAUUGCCAGGCGGCUCAUAAACCAGGAGGAUUGUCUUCUUGGGGCGGAACUAGACAAACUCUCUUAUCUAAAUCCACAACCAUUCUGGAAGACUAAUAAUUACAACUGCUGA